CUUUUCCCUGCCACCUUCUCUCACUCUCCUUUAUUUCUCAUCUAAUACUAGUACAUCAUACCAUAAAUAAAUAUAAAUUAAAAGGACCUCUACUUUCAUACUUCAAGCUCCUCAUUCCAUUCUCUCCAACCCUCAUGGCAACAUCAUCCUCAACAACAACAACAACAACAACCAACAAAGACCAAGAAACAAACAGUAACCAUGGCUUCACCACCUACGUCCAAGCAGACCCAACCAACUUCCGUUCCUUAGUUCAAAAGCUCACCGGUGCUCCGGAGGGUUCUCCGGCCAACCUCCCGGUCACUAUCCCCCCUCGCCGUGCACCUCCCCACCCUGACAUGCCCAUCUCCAAGAAACAACGUCUUCAAGACAGAAGACAAGCUCCAACAAAGCUUGAACUCAAACUCAACCCUUCUUCAUCUUCUUCAACUAGUCCUUAUACUAAACUUCAUCACUUCAUAUGUCCUCCUCCUAUUCCUUCUCCUUUUACUACUCCUCUUGUUUCUCCAGUCUCAACCAUGGAUUUCUCUUCAUCUCUUCUAUCUUCUCCUUCUACUCCUACCCCUCUCUCUCCUGCUGAUCAGGUGGAAAAAGCCAUUGCUGAGAAGGGGUUCUAUCUUCAUCCUUCUCCAAGGAAUAAUGGUCAGCAUCCUCCCAAAGUUACUUCACUUGUUCCCACUUGCUACUUCUGAUCAGUAGGAACAGAUCAAGCUCUUGUUCUUAAUUUGUUUAACUAGUUACUUUACUUCAUUUUCUCUCUUUUCAAAUGUACAAAUAUAAACUAUAUAUUUUCAAUUA